CGUCGUCUCUCACUGUAUUUCUUGUUUUCAUCCAUGUUACACGUGACGGAAUGUGCGCAUCGCUCUCUCUCUAGAGACCUGAUUUGCAUACCCCAUGUCGCUGGAAUUCGUUUAUGCGUCAGAGGGUUACGACGAAUUUGUAGCCUUGUGCGCUAAUCCCGCCGUGAUCGAGAGCCGUGUCGAUCGUUUACGUCAUCACCAGAUGAGAAACGAUCGCGUCCAGGAUCAGCUCACAUCUCGCCCUCGCAGCAACCACAAGUACCGCGUCUACGCUUCCUUCGAAAUCCUCCUGCUGCAGGAUCCUGCCGGCAGCAGUAGCGAGAAAGGCCUGGAUUUCCCUGGCGCCAUCUUCACACUGUGUCGCCAAUCAACAUUCAACGAACUGACCGAAUCGGCCCGGCUGCUGGUCCAGCACGGCGUCGAAAUCCUCCACACCCGAACGGGAUCGCAAUCGGUUUCGUUCAUCUGCUGCUACUGCAAUUUCGAUUACGUCGAAUUGAUGAGGACCCUCGUCCGGCACGACGGCCUAUCCACUCACGUCUGCGACGCCCUCGUCCGUCUCUGCCGGAACGGCGGCGCCGACAAUCUCAUCGAUCGCGUCCGAGCCCUGACCAAAUUCGGGAUCGACGUCGUCCGCCUGGACUGCGAUUCGGUCGACAGCAUCAACGUCAUCACCGAGGAUGUUGAGAACAUCUUUUCCAAACUGGACGACGACGUCGUAGAAGAAGAAUCUCUGCUGGAGUCUCGACUGGGAUCGAUCCUGAAAUCCUGCCGGACGACGAUCCAUUUGAAAAUCCACUCGCACCAGGGUAGGAUCAUCUACAACCACCAAAUCGAUCACGCCGAAGAGUCUGGCCUGUUGAGUUUCAACACCCGGGAGAACAGCAUCUACCUGCCGGCCUACCGGGAAUGGCAAAACAUUCACUCCGCUUGGCACCGGCCGGAAAUGGUCGCCAAUACCGGACCGCUGGGCCAGUGGAUAUUCAAAUACUUGGACGAGCAUUCGCACCGGCGUGAGGUCUGCGAUAAAUCGCCAAACCAUUGCGACUGGUGCGGAGUGGGGGCCCAUGUCGACGACUACCUGAGCCGGUUGAUGGACAAGGUGGAAGAAAUGUGUUCACUCUUUGCGGUCAAACGGUUCGUUCGCUACGGGAGCUCGGCCGAGAAGACCAACAUCUUCCGGGCCAGCGAAUUCGACCGCGGGGUGGUCCUGUUGAAUUUCGGCCAAUCGCCAUCCGAUCCCAAUCAGAUCGUCUACACGGGCAGCGAUCCUAAUUACCUGGCGCUCAAACUGGACGGUGAGCCUAAUAAGCCCAUCAAUUCCAGCACGUUGAUCGGCUUGCUGAUGAAAUUCACGACGGAGGCUGUGGAACGCGUCCACAGCGUCCACGUCUUCGCACCGACGGUGGCCUUUGGCGAAACUUGCGUCACCGUUUACUUCCUGUACCGCGGGCGACACCCGGCGGCGGCCGUCAAAGUCAGCGUCGACAUCACCAUCGCUGUCCAGGCCGCCGAGCAGCCCGUCAUGAUUACCAACGGCUGGUACAUCUCGGACGACACGGAAGGCGUCGUCCUGUUGGUCCCGCACCGCAAAGGCAUCGGCGAUCAAUGGCGCCUGUCCUACCCGACCCUGGAAAGGAACAUGAUCCUUCACGCAGGAGUCGAAGUGGCCAGGGUCUACCAGUUGCUCAAAUUCCUGGCGGCCCUCCAUCACGCCAGGGACAAUUUGAAACGUGAAAUCCCGAGGAAAUCCAGCCUGUCGUCCUAUGCACUCAAGACGUGCCUGUUCCGAUACAUGCGCCACCACUUCCGGCCUCCGCCCUGGCAGCCGGAAGACUCACUCCGGCACGCCAUCGGCAUCCUGCGCCAGUUCCCCGUUAAUUCCUGCGAGAUGACGUCUUAUUUCAACAAGGAAAUCGUCGUCUUCAACGUGACGCCCAAGAGCCGGAAGGCCGUCGCCGAAAUCAUUUCCAUGUUGAAUCAAUUGCUCGAAUCGCAGAAUUAUUGCUCUCGCAAUUAUUUCGCCAGAUCGGCGAUCGAACGAAAAUAUUUAACUGCCGCCGUGUAAAAA